AUGCGCAGCAGCGCCUGCAGCGGCACGCGCAGCGGCGCGCAGCAGGUUGAGAACGCUCAGCACGCCCCGGGCGCGCGGCGGAAGCGCGGCGGGCCGGAACCCCCGGCCUGGAAAAGGCCAGCAGCCGCGCCGCCGGCGCGGCCGGCCACCGGGCAGCUUCUCACGCCCGGGCUCGCGAAGCGCCUGCCUCCGGGCGGCCCCGCGCGCGUGGCUGCCGCGGACCUGCCGCCGCGCGGGGCCGCGAGCGUGUGGCUGCCGCUGUACGAUGACGCGGGGCGGCGGCUGGGGGAGGGUGAGGUGCUGCUGGACCUGAAUUAUAAGCCGUUCGUGGAUGAUGACCAGGACUCGGGCUACCGCGAGGCGGAGGCGUUCGCGCGCCAGAUGCAGCUGCAGACAGAGGAGAUCACCGACAUCAGGUCCGCCGCCGCCGCCAGCAGCCGCGCCGCCGUCGCGGCGUCUGCGGCGAUCAGCGCCAUAGCGAUGACCAAGGCGGCGGCCGCGCGCGCGGCCGCGCGGGCGGCGCAGGCCGCGAAGGACGCGGGUGUUGCGGCGCUGAGCACGGCGAAGGACGCGGGGGCGGCGGCGCUCAGCACGGUCACGCUGCAGCAGCAGCAGCAACAGCAGCAGCAGCAGGAUGAGGAGGGCGGCGGUGGCGGCGGCGGCCCUGCAGCAGGCACCGGCGUUCCGGGCAGCAGCAACGGCAACGGCGCCGCGUCGGGCGCGGCGCCGCCGCCGCCGCGGCCCGCGACGCCGCCGGGCGUCCCUCAGCUGCCGGCCGACACGGCCGCGGCGCGCAUCGCGGCGGCGGCGCUGGCGGAAGUCGAAGAGCUGCGGGCGGCGGACGAGUCGCUGCGGACGCUGUCUUCUGACGAGGAGGAGGCGGAGAGCCAGCGGCGCUGGAAGGCGGAGGUCGCGGCGCAGCAGAUCCGGGAGCGCGUUGCAGCGAAUGAGAUUCCUCACCACGCCACCUGA